AUGGAGAAUCUGAUCUCGCUCGUGAACAAAAUCCAGAGAGCAUGCACAGCCCUCGGCGAUCACGGCGACGAGAGCACAAUGCCGACUCUCUGGGACUCCCUCCCCGCCAUCGCCGUCGUCGGCGGCCAGAGCUCCGGUAAGUCGUCGGUGCUGGAGAGCAUUGUCGGCAAAGACUUCCUACCUCGCGGCUCCGGAAUUGUGACUCGGCGUCCGCUUGUGUUGCAGCUGCAUAAGAUCGACGACGGGAGAGAAUACGCUGAGUUUAUGCACCUCCCGAGGAAGAGGUUCACUGAUUUCGCUGCUGUUAGGCAGGAGAUAUCUGAUGAGACUGAUAGAGAGACUGGCCGGACUAAGGCGAUUUCGAGUGUGCCAAUUCAUCUCAGUAUUUUCUCCCCUAAUGUUGUGAACUUGACACUAGUAGAUCUUCCUGGACUCACAAAGGUAGCUAUUGAUGGUCAGCCAGAGAGCAUAGUGCAGGACAUUGAGAACAUGGUUAGGGCCUUCAUCGAGAAGCCCAACUGUAUCAUUCUGGCUAUUUCCCCUGCCAACCAAGAUCUUGCUACGUCUGAUGCAAUUAAGAUCUCUCGUGAAGUAGAUCCCAAAGGGGAGAGGACAUUUGGAGUUCUCACAAAGAUUGAUCUCAUGGACAAGGGUACAAAUGCAGUUGAUAUUUUGGAAGGAAGAUCAUAUAAACUACAGUUCCCUUGGAUUGGUGUUGUCAAUCGCUCCCAAGCUGAUAUAAACAAGAGUGUUGAUAUGAUUGCUGCUAGGCGCAGGGAGCGUGAAUAUUUUGCUAAUAGCCUGGAGUACAAGCAUCUCGCGACCAAGAUGGGAUCUGAGCAUUUAGGAAGGGUGCUGUCAAAGCAUUUGGAACGCGUCAUCAAGUCCCGCAUUCCAGGCCUUCAGUCUCUUAUAAGCAAAACUAUAGGUGAGCUAGAGGCAGAACAAAGCCGACUUGGGAAGCCCAUUGCUGCUGAUACUGGUGGAAAAUUGUAUGUAAUAAUGGAAAUCUCUCGUACUUUCGAUCAGAUAUUCAAAGAACAUCUUGAUGGCGUGCGCUCUGGUGGUGAUAAAGUUUACAGUGUGUUUGACAAUCAAUUUCCAGCUGCUUUGAAGAGAUUGCAGUUUGACAAGCAUCUUACAAUGGAAAACAUUCGAAAGCUAAUUACUGAGGCAGAUGGAUAUCAACCUCAUUUGAUUGCUCCUGAACAAGGAUACCGUCGUCUCAUUGAAUCUUCCCUAAUAUCCAUCAAAGGUCCUGCAGAGGAUGCUGUUGAUGCUGUUCAUGCCAUAUUGAAGGAGCUGGCUCAGAUGUCUAUCAGUGAGACCUCGGAAUUAAAACAGUAUCCCACUUUAAGAGUGGAAGUUGGGAAUGCAGCAUUUGAAUCACUGGAUAGGAUGAAAGAAGAGAGCAAGAGAGCAACUAUGCAACUAGUCGAUAUGGAGUGUGGUUACCUGACUGUCGAAUUUUUCCGCAAGCUUCCUCAGGAUAUUGAAAAGGGGGGAAACCCGACACACUCACUUUUCGACAGAUAUAACGAUUCGUAUCUCCGGCGGGUUGGAAUCAAUGUGUUAAACUAUGUGAACAUGGUGUGCUCGGGUUUAAGGACUGCUAUUCCAAAGUCUAUUGUCUACUGUCAAGUACGAGAGGCCAAACGCAGCUUACUGGAUCACUUUUUUGCAGAACUCGGUUCUAAGGAGAAAGGUCAGUUGUCUAGGAUGUUGGAUGAGGAUCCAGCAGUCAUGCAACGUCGUACCAGCAUUGCGAGGAGGCUAGAGUUGUACAGAAGUGCUCAGGCAGAGAUUGAUGCAGUUGCUUGGUCCAAGUAG